GCUGAUAACAAGGGUAUGGUACACGUACUGUACUGCCAGAGUUUACAAAUGAAAUGUACGUCACUGUCGACUUAACUCGGAUUUGGUGAAUAGAUCAACAUCAGCUCAUCAUGGCGGAAGGAGGGUCCCCUCAUGACUCUCUCGAUAACCCCAAACCUGCUAUGGACACCCACCUGUUAGAUUGUCCUAUCUGCCUAGAACAGCUGCACCAACCCAAGUCGCUCCCCUGUCUUCAUUCUUUCUGCCAGGAAUGUCUGUCCACCUUCAUCACCAAGGACCUGUCAGGGAAGAUGGCGGCGGCAACCUCCUUUCCGUGCCCUGUUUGUAGGAAGAUAACACAACCGGUCAAUCUUUCUGAAGGUAAGGAGAAAUGGGCACAACAAUUUCCAACCAAUGACCUGAUUAACAGCCUUGAAAAGGUUACGAUGGAUGAGCCGAGAUAUUGCAAGCCUUGUGAGAAAAAAGGAAAAUCUGGGACGCCUGCAAAGGUCUGGUGCCAAGCUUACAACGUCCUGUUUUGCGAGACCUGUAAAGACGAAUAUCAUGAUUUGAUUCACGAAGACUGCGAGACAGUGGACAUAUCAAAAGAUGUAACCAUGCAACAAAAGGUGACACAAGUGGUCAGAUGUGGAAAACACGCAGAGAAGAUGGAUUACUAUUGUGAAGAUCACGAGAUACUUGGUUGUAGUAGAUGCAUAACGAUAGACCACAGACGAUGUGACGAAGUGACAACAACACAGGAGUAUUGUGAUAAACUGAAGAGGGAAUCAUGCCUGGAUCACUUGAAGACAUCCCUGCAAAAAACAACUGAUGCCAUUGAGUUCCUUAUCAAAGAGUUUGGUGAACAGCUUAAAACUAUGCCAGAAGACCUAGAUACCGGAUUUAAGAGUAUAGUAGAUCUACGACAAAAGGUCGACGCACGUCUUGAUGCUAUGCAGGAGAAAAUCACAGAUGAACUGACAGCAAUUUAUAAAACAGAGAAAGAGAAUCUUGAUUUGACAUUGCAGAAAUGUGAACGACUGACGUCUUCAAUUCAAAUCACAAUAAAAACCUCGGCAACAGUUAUCCAGAGGAACGCCAGCGUGGACACAAUCUUGGUGUAUCAGAGAGGCAUGGCAGAAUUGAGAUCCUAUCGGGAUCUGGUGACAGAAUUGAGGAAGUCUUUCAUCGCUGUCAGAAUCAAGCAUUCCUUUGACCCUGCUCUUCUGAAAACGAACAAGAACAUUCCACUGACCCUGGGGAAAGUCACAGUACAGAAAGAACGUAGAAUUCUGCCUGGACAUUUGUUUACUCCGUUAGCGGAAUGCCGUGUGAAGGAGGUAGCCAAGUUUAACAUAAACUCUUCCUCAGACAGCUCAGAUUGAUGUGCAAUGGGAGUUGUUUACCUACCAUAUGCUCAUAUCAUUGUAGGAGAUUUCAACAACAACAUUAUAAAGUUGUUUACAGCUAUAGGGAAAUUAGAAGAUGAGUUGAAAAUUCCUGGAUCAUUAUUUGACAUGUGUCGUGUGGAUUAUCAAACUGUGGCGGUAGCUCUCUCUAAUCUUACUGCUAUAUACGUCAUCAAAAUAGAGUCCUCAAAAUUAAUCCUGUCGUCAGAAAUUGAACUGUCGGUCGGCCAAAAUCUUAGGGGUAUUACUUAUACAGGUGACAUAUUCAUUGUUAGUUAUGGGAGCAAUGAUCACAGCGUGAGUAAGGAUGGGGAUACGAAACAUAUCCAAACGUAUCCGGCUCACUGCUGUCAUCUUGCAUGCAAUCCAUGGACGCAAGAGAUAUACGUCAGCCAAAACAACUCAAGGAAUGGCGCCGUAGCCAUAUCCAAACUGUCAAACGGUAAACGUACAGAUAUGGUGAAGGUUGGUGUCCUGAAUUCAACGUUUGGGGUAGAUGUUGGUUGUGACGGUAAUUUGUAUGUGUGGGGGCGGGGUUCAAACAACGUGGUACAGAUGUCUGCGGACGGAACUCGCAUCAGAGAACUGCUGACAGUAUCGGAUGGUGUGGUCAACCCGAGGGCAAUAUCUGUGUGUGGGGACAAAUUUGUGGUCACAGACGAAUCCUCACAACACAGGAAUGAAAUAUGCCUAUUUCAGCUUUACUGAGCCAAGUGAGUGAGCAUUCUGUGAGAUAUGUAUCUUCUGUACGGACAAGAACAAAAUAGGUUUUAUGUUUAGUGACAAAACUACAACAUGUCCGGAUAUGUUUUGAGUAUCCAUCCAUUGCCUGAAAAGAAUUAAACUGUAACGAUGCAGCUACCUGGGGUAUAACAAUUUAAUACCACAUAUAUAUAAAUUAAUAAAUUCAUGUUAAGUUUACUUUGACCGACUUUUAGGUCAAGGUCAUAUGGAUUAUUUUUUUAAGCAAAUUCUUAAUACCAAAGAGGCCUUCAGUGAUGAUAUUAAACAAGCAGCUUGCUAGAAUUAAACUAACUUAUCCUACUUUUUAUGUAAGGCAAAUAUGUUAAAACUUUUAUGGCACGUAGUGUGUAUGAGCUUGCUAACGAUCAGCUUUGUUAAAAACAAUUUGUACUUUAAAUAUCACCGAUGAGAUAUGUAAAUAGCGGUUACUAGCAGGUGAAUGAAACAUGAUUUAUAAGCUUUUCACUUCCAUUGCCUUUAUAAUUUAGAGUUAUCGCUGUGAAACAAAUGGCUAUACUUUUUUGUACAUUUCAAAUACUUGUAUGUCAUUGAUAACUUGAACAAAUCAGAACCAAUUUUGUUCAGGAUUAUUUUUAUAGUGGGACUCUCUUUGAAAGGAGGUGUACAUGUCAUGUAAUACCAGGUUCUCAAAGUGAGGGGGGAGUUGGUGACAAAACCACAAGGCACAUUAAUAAUCAUAAUAAAAUAUCGACAUUCAUUUAGCAGAAGGUAACAAUAUCAUAUUAUAUAAGUCUUUAUUAACCUGCCUCUCUCUGAACCAUGCGUUGUAAGUUUGUCCCUCGGCAUUCAACAGUACUAGUGUUGGCUUGGAGCUUUGUUGAAAUUGAAUGAUUAAAAUCGAUUAUAUAGCGAGUAAUAGUUCAUUUACGACUAUCAGCACUGUGUUUCACAUAUUUUACGAAAAAGCGUAUUAAAAUUAGGUAAAGACAAAAAAAUAAAUAAAUUGAGUACAUAAUACCAAGCCCAAUAAAGAUUUUUCAUUAUGAUCUUUAGGUAAGGUUUCACAAACUUUUAAAAAAGCUUUUGUGUUUUUUUUCAUCGUAUUUAUCACUUUUCAGAUAAAGGUCUUCAUCAUUUUUUUUAAACAUGUUCAUUUUUGGUGUUUCCUGAAAAAAGUUAAUAUAAAAUAGCAUUAUGCAUAUGGCAUCAGCACUUUUUGUUCCGCUUUCCACUUAAAUUAUCGAAAGCAAAACUUUGAAGUAAGAUAUUGUUUUUCGUUUACCAGAUAUGAAUCCAUUUUAUGUAAAUAUAUUCACUGUUUGGUUAAGGUGUCUUUGUAUAGAUAAUUUCCGCAAUCUUUGAAAUAUAGUUGUUAAUGUGUUGAUGAUAUGUUUGUAAAAGUUUUUCUGUUGGUUGAAGGACUGCUAUAGACCAGUUGGAUCAAUAAAACCUUCCUUCGCCAGUUGGUAAUAUUAAUUCCAUGUAAACACUGGCCACGUGGUGGUGUACCGGAGGGAGCGUAUGUUGAAGUAUCUGCCUCCUUGCGAUUUGUCUAGAAAUAUAUAACUUGCGAUAUGAUUUUGAAAUGGUAGUUUAUUGUAAUAAAAAAAUUCUGGGGAUUAAAACACAGUUAUGAAAUAUAUCUAAACUAGCUUGUUAACUUGAACUAAUAGUCACUUUUCAUAUUUUUCUUGAUAGAAAAUAAAAUCAUUAUAAAACACUGCGGUAUUUCUAUAUAAUAUCUUGUGAUACAUGGCAACAUUUCCUUUAUAUCACGAAAAGAAAAUUGCAUGUAACAACCACCCCUAGUAAUUGUACUCCCCUAGCACAACAUAAUAAUUUAUUAUGAUGAAUAGUUUUAGAGUUAUCCCACUUCUGUAGCAUUAUCACAAGCUGCUUGUUAUUAUUCGACAAAAUUAAAAAAAAAGGUUCCCAUCACCUCUAAAUGCUCAUAAUAUGUCAAUGUGUGAUUGUGUCCCAAUUCACGAAUUACCAUCGAUUUCAUAUAUGUUCGGAAGGUUUGGGGUGAUAAGAUAAUGUGGCUAUGGAGAGGAUUUGGGGCAUUGUAUGUUACAAUGGAGCGACACUGGCAUAGGGCGAUAAUAAUGUUAACCACUGUUUGAGACAUUGUGACACAACUUUUACGAAUAAAAAAAGGAAAACAAGGUUAUAAUGGAAAAAAAUGAGAUUGGCAUGGAACAUCAGGCGUGGAAUUUAACCCGAGGUGUUGUGAAUUGAAGUAAUACCUUGCUGACGGUUUUUAUUUCCAAUUCUUAACCCCUGUGUUGGAACUUUGCACACUUACAUAUACGCUGUAAAGAAAUAGUGUGAACACUGAUUUUUAGUGACAAACAAUUAAGUAUUCAACUGUGUAAGUUAACAUGUAUAGUCAAUGUUAAUGUCAUAUAGAAAUGACAUAUUCCAUGAAACGCGCUUCAUGUUGAAUAUAUAUCAAUUUGCAAUGACAAUGAAUGACAUCACGCUAAUGUAAACCACUGUGGUCCGUCUUCAUGUGUCCUCGUCUGUUCAAAGUAGAACAUUUGCGGUUGUUCCUCCAUAACCAAUGAAGUUAUUGACUACAGACGUAGUUGGAAUGUUAUACUUUUCGUUCCGAUCCAAAAAUCAAACAUGUACGCCUUCGUGUCUGAUUGGAUGAGACAUUUUUCGACUUCUGGAUAAAAACGGCUGCAACGAUAGACAAUAGUAAAUUUCCUUUUAUGUCGAUCCGAGAAUCAAAAAUUGCCGCCUUGCCCUAAUAUUCGCCUUUUUUUAUAAUGGCUUAAUGAUUGAUUGCGAUCAGAGUCAAAAUGUUCCCAGGACACCGUCAAGUGUUGUUUCUAAUAGUACCAAUUUAAAAAUCCAAAUCUGUCGACAUGCUCAUUGAUUGGCCGAGCCAUUUCUUCUCCAGAUUGACUCCACACUCGGAAGAGGUGUUCCUACUUUUCAGGCCAGUCCGAAAAUCAAAGAGGGACAAUCUUGUUUGGCUGUGGCAUUUUUUCCCGCGUUGGUCUCUGAUUUACCGAUUCCUUUGUGAUCUUUUCUCAAAAAUGGCUGCAACGAUCGACUCGAAACCCAUUCCAAAUGUUCCUACUGGGUCGCUAGUUUUUGUUUAAAUCCAAAACGCAAAGAUGGCUGCCAUGCCCUCUGAUUUGCUAAGGCAUUUUCGCUUUCGUUUUUAAAAACCUGCAGAGAUAGAAUUUAACCUUUGUAUACUGGUUCGGUGUGAGAUACCGGUUAGGUGUUUUCACUUGUACUGUCGAUAUACAAAUCUUUGAUGAAUGUCUAGGCCUCAGACAGGCAGGCAGUUUUUCUUCUUCUGCUAGAACUGCUGCAGCCAUUUAUGCUAUGGACACAUUUUCGUGUUGAUUUAAGGCACAAUCUCAUGCGAGUGUAAAGCCCCUAGAGCCCCUUCUGAUAUCAUCGCACUGCUGAUAAUUGAUUAUAUAAUUCUACAUACUCGGGCUUCAACCUACCUGUCAUCACUCCUGCCUACAUACACCUACCCUUAUUGACGUCAUGUGAUAUAUUCGAAAUAUUACAGAAACGACAUAUAACCUUCCCGUUAUCCCUGCUAUCAACCGUCACCUACCAUGUAGUGACGAAAUCACAAUGACUGCAGAUAAUAACCUAAGCAACUCCUACCCACACCUCUUGUUAUCUACAAAUGUACCUACACGAGUUAGCCACCUGUCCGUCCCCGUUCUAGCCGUAUAUUUCUAUCACUACUGACGUCAUAACAUCACUAUGGACACCUAGUUAACACAUGUGACGAUGGAUACAAAACAAAUGGCAACCGAACAACUGAUUAAAUGGCAGUGUUACUGAUUAUCAAAGCAUUGGGUUGUUGUUGUGCAAAGCCUCGGGUCUCCUGCUCAAUAUAUUAUUCCUUGGGUUUGAGUGACCUUAUCCAUACCUCACAUCAAGAAUGCAUUCUAUUAAUCUCACACCGGUAAAAGUGCGGAUACACCUGUGCAGGGUAAGAAAAAACAAUUCCCUACAUCAGUCUUUCUUACCCAGGACAGCUCUAUCUUACACACAGGGAAAUGAGAGAAAAUAUGUAUACUACAUGUAGCUCCGAGAUCCAUAUAUGAUAAGGUG